AUGUCUAACCAGACCAAGAAAACCCAUUUCCGGACAGUUCAGCGCUUCCAAACGGAGUAUGCACCUGUAUCUAUCUCUCAGUAUGUAUCUGAGCGAACUGGAAUGCAUGUUGUCGUUGCAGACCAGAAAGGGCCUAAGGUCGAAGGGUAUUUCACUCUAGCCACUGAGAUCUUUGACGAUUCCGGUUCUCCCCACACUCUAGAGCAUCUGAUCUUUAUGGGUUCCAAAAGCUAUCAGUAUAAGGGGCUUCUGGAUAAACUUGCUUCGCGAGCGUAUUCGAAUACCAAUGCCUGGACUGCAACUGACCAUACUGCCUACACUCUGGAUACUGCAGGCUGGGAAGGGUUCGCUCAAAUCCUCCCCGUUUAUCUGGAACACGUCAUCCUUCCGACAUUAACAGAUGAAGCCUGUUAUACAGAAGUACAUCAUAUUGACGGUGACGGCAAUGACGCCGGUGUGGUUUAUUCCGAGAUGCAAGGCGUUCAGAACAAUGGCGGUGAGAUUAUGGACAUUAGGGCUCGGCGCCUGCUAUAUCCGGAGAAUGUUGGUUUCCGGUAUGAGACAGGAGGCUUGAUGGAAAAUUUAAGGGUUCUAACAGCGGACCGAAUCCGGGAGUUUCACAAGGAAAUGUAUCAGCCCAAGAACUUGUGCUUGGUACUUGUAGGCGAAGUAGACCAAGAAAACCUUCUCCAGAUACUGGAUGAAUUUGAGGACGGUAUUCUUAAUGACAUCCCAUCGCCAGAUACUCCUUUCAAGCGUCCAUGGGUUGAAUCCCCGCAACCACCAGUGCUAAAACAAACGAUUGUAGAGCCUAUUGAAUUCCCCGAGGAAGACGAAUCUACUGGAGAAAUCUCAAUCGCCUUUUUAGGCCCCAACUGCAAUAAUCCUGUUGACACGGCAGCUUUGAACGUCCUUCUCACCUACCUUGCCGGUUCUUCAGUCUCUGUUCUGGAGAAUAUUAUGGUGGAGAAAGAAGCCCUCGCUAGCUCUGUAAUCCACCAGGUCGAUUGGAGGCCGAACUCGAUUAUCUGGCUUCAGCCGUCCGGUGUUGCGACCGAGAAGUUGGCCCAUGUCGAGCAGCGAUUAUUCGAAAUUCUCAAAGACGUCGCUUCUAACCCCCUUGAUAUGAGUUAUAUGUUGGAUUGUGUCAAGAGAGAACGCAGACGGAUCAAAUUUCAAGCCGAAAGCUCUGGAGGCUUCUAUGUCGGGGCGAUCAUCAAUGAUUUCCUCUUCGGGAAAAGGGACGGCUCGACACUGAAAGACAUGUCCACCCUCGCGGAGUACACUCUUCUGGAGAAGUGGACCGAUGGACAAUGGAGGGAGUUUUUGAGGAAAUGGAUAUCCGAUGCCCCUCAUAUCUCACUCCUUGGUACUCCAUCGAAAGAAAUGGCCAAGAAGAUUACCGAGACCGAGGAGAAACGCAUUGCAGCAAGAAAAGAAGAAUUAGGGCCCGAAGGUUUAGCGAAGCUAACUGAACAACUAAAGGCUGCCAUCGCAAAGAACGACAUUGAAAUUCCAACUUCACUUCUUCAGAAAUGGCCUGUGCCUAGUGUUGAAUCUAUUCAUUUCAUCGAAUCAAAAACCGCGAGAUCUGGCCUUGCAAGAGAUUUAGGCACGCCGUCGAAUAAUAUCCAGGACAUUAUUGGAAAACCAAACCCCGACGUCCCACUCUUCGUCCAAUUUGAGCAUGUGCCAACCAACUUCGUGCACAUUACCAUCCUCUUAGGGACCUCCCAGAUUGCGACGGAACACCGGCCAUUGCUUCCAUUGUUCAUUGAUAAUUUCUUCAACACCCCAAUUAUGCGCGAUGGAAAGCAAGUAGGGUUCGAAGAGGUUGUCACACAAUUAGAACAAGAUACCAUUAGUUACUCAAUGAAUGGCGGAGGCCGUGUCAGCGAUGCUGAGGGCCUCGUAAUUCAGUUUCAGGUCGAGCCUGAGAAGUAUGCCGCUGCGAUUGAGUGGAUUCGGGCAUUGAUGUUCGACAGUAUCUUCGACGAGACCCGGCUUACAGCAGGCAUUGCGAAGAUUCUUGCCGACAUCCCGGAAUCUAAGCGCAGUGGCAACAGCAUGAUGUAUGCCGUGGAUUCUAUGAUCCACUUAGAUAAUGAGUCGAACGUCAAAGCAAGAGGGACGUUAGUCAAGGCGAUCUAUAUGAAGAGACUUAGGUCACUCCUCAUGAAAAACCCCAAGUUGGUGAUUUCUUGGCUUGAGGCACUGCGCAAAUCGCUCUUCGCUUUCGAGAACAUGCGGACGCUAGUUAUUGCUAAUAUAGAGUCGCUUCCUAAUCCAGUUGACGCAUGGAAGCCCCUCAUCGCGAAUCUAGGUACUACAAAGCCUCUUUCACCCCUUGUUAAACUCGACCAACGGCUUAGUCCCGAUGGGGAAACCCCAGGCAACUACGGUGCAGUCAUAGUCCCAAUGGCAACCAUCGACUCCUCGUUCCUAUUAGCCUCCGAAAAGGGGCCAAACUCAUACACUGACCCCAUACUUCCUGCCCUCAUGGUGGCACUAUCCUUCCUCGAUGCGGUUGAAGGUCCAGUCUGGACCGCUGUCCGCGGAACAGGGCUUGCAUAUGGUGCAAGCUUCAGAAGGGAUAUAGAUGGGGGCUUUGUGCAGCUUAGCAUAUACCGAUCACCCGAUGCGUAUAGAGCGUUCGCAGCUACCAAAGCGGUUUUGGAGUCUUAUAUCGACGGCACUGCGAAAUUUGAGCAAUAUGCUCUUGAGGGCGCUGUGAGCCAGAUUGUCACCGGAUUUGCGGAUGAGCAACCGACAAUGGCAGCUGCGGGGCAAUUUCACUUUGUUGACGGUGUGGUUCGAGGCGUCGCAGACGACUAUAACCAGAAAAUGCUGAAGCAGGUCAGAGCUAUCACUGUGGACCAGAUCAGGGCGGUCAUGAAGGAUGUUCUGAUGCCGAUCUUUGUGCCUGGAAAGUCGAAUAUAGUGGUUACGUGUGCACCAAUCAUGGAAGAGGGACUUGUGAAGGACUUCACAGACAUGGGGUUCAAGACGCAGACGCAACCCCUAUCUAGCUUCCACGAGAGCUAUGGCCUUGAAGCGGGUGAAGGUGAGGAGGAUGACGAAGACAGCGAUGGCUCUGAUGAGGGAGAUGCUGAAAUGAGUGACGGGGAUGGGUCUGAGUGA